CUUGAUAAUUUAAUAAAAUUCAUAUUUAAUUUACAAUAACGUACAGAAAUAAUGGGACUUUUAAACAUCCAGUCAAUACUUGUGCUCGUCGGCCUGCUGAACAUCUCAUGGUUCACCUCAACCCUCUGUCAGAUUCAACCGCGGGAAACGAAUACUUGUGAGGACCGUCAGACGACAGGCAACAUUUGCGAGUCCUGUGAACUGUUGUCCACAUGUGUACGCAACUCCAGCGGCUGGAUGAUAAUACCCAUCGAAAUAUGCGAUACAACCAAAGGAUUCUAUUGCAACUCCCGUCUCGGCAUGUGCAGUAAUGCGACCGGGCCUUGUCAUCCCUUUGCCAUGGAUGGCAAUUUCCCCUGCACCUCACAGGGUAUUUUCCCCGAUCCAUAUGAUUGUCAGAAAUAUCACAUGUGCUACUUUGCCGGCGUCACUCUGGUGGCGGUGACCCUCGAAUGUUCCGGUAAUAAAGCAUUUAAUGCUGCAACCGGUCAAUGCACGGCUACAUUGCAAGAUGCCAUUUGUUUGGUGCGACAAUUUCAGUGUGAUAAUGUUGGCGAUGCACAUCCUUGGCCAAAUAGUCCGAAUGUGUUCUACAUUUGUCGUGCUUUAUCGCAGCAAGAUGAGCGUGUGCUCUAUCCAUCGCUUUAUCGGUGUGCUGAUGGCGAAGUAUUCAAUGGACAUGCGUGUCAACAAGCCAAUUUUCCACUGGACCCAAUAACAACAACAACCGCGAUUACACCAACAACACGGAGUUCAUUUGGUAGUGACAGUUCGUCAACUGAAACAGCACCUUUUGAACGCGCCUGCACGGAGGUUGGUCUUUCGGUUGAUGGGGAAGAUUGUACCAGCUACUAUUAUUGCUCGGCUGUGAAUGGCAUUAAACGUCAUCGCAAGUGCCCGUCCGGCACGCAUUUUAGUACCAAGUAUGCAUCCUGUAUUUUUGGUUUGUGUACAAAUUGA